CAUCAACCGCGCUGUGGUUUCUUGCCUUGCAGAGUUUGUUCGAGUUCCGUGCGCACCACGAGGCACGCGCUUCAUUCUUCCAGGAGACUCUCUUCAGAUACCGGCACUGAAUUAAAACGAUCAUUCAAAAUCAAUCGAAACUGGUACCGGAAGGAUACGACAGAGGAACCGGUGUCCAGGGGCUUUCGCCAUGGAUCGCCGACGCGAUUGGUCGUUGGUGCUUCUAAUAUUUAUACUAGCUUCACACAUCCCGCAUGCGCCAGCCAGACACCACCACAUAAAAUUGAGACACGACAGGCACAGAAGACAGCAUGGCGAAAGCUACCUGCCGCCGCACUUCGUCUUGGACACCGACGAGCAGGAGACGGGCACCUGGGGUUCGUGGUCUACACCAAGCUCCUGUUCACGUUCCUGCGGUGGAGGAGUUGCCUACCAAACGAGACGCUGUAACGACGUAGAUCCAGACGGGACGAAGAGGUGUACAGGGGCAAAGAAAAGGUUCUUCUCCUGCAACAUUCGGGAUUGUCCAGAGCCAGCUAACGACUUCAGGGCGGAACAAUGUGCAGCGUACGACAAAACGCCAGUUAACGGUGUCUUGUACGAGUGGGUUCCUUACACUGGAGCGUCUAACAAAUGCGAGUUGAACUGUAAACCGCGUCGCGAGAGAUUUUACUACCGUCUCAAAUUCAAGGUCACAGAUGGUACACCCUGCGUCUCUGGUCAGAACGACGUUUGUGUCGAGGGUAAAUGCAUGCCUGUGGGAUGCGACAUGAUGCUCGGCAGUGGUGCUAAGGAAGACAGAUGCCGGGAAUGCGGUGGAGACAAUUCGGCCUGUGAUACGUUUCACGGAGUAGUCGAUAAUGACAAUAUGAAAAUUGGGUACAACGAUAUCUUACUGAUACCCGCCGGUGCAACGAAUAUUGCUAUCAGCGAGCUACGUCCGUCAAACAACUACUUGGCCAUUAGGAACUCGACGGGUCAUUAUUAUCUGAAUGGAAAUAGGACAAUAGAUUUUCCCCGAAGCUUUAAGUUUGCUGGCACCGUUUUUCGAUAUGAGAGAAGACCUACGGAAAUUAUGACUGCGGAUAUGGUCACCGCGCUGGGACCAACGAACCAGACAAUUUACAUUGUGUUGCUUAAACAAGGCAAAAACGUCGGCGUUGAUUACGAGUACAGCAUAUCGAAAAGACUCUCGAACUCUUCAGACGCUGAGAGUUACACUUGGGUCGAAGAAGAGUUUUCCGAUUGCAGUAGUACUUGUGGCGGAGGAUUCCAGUCGAGGCUGGUCAAAUGUGUCAGACGUGGUGAUAACGAGGAAGUGGACGCCAAUCUAUGCGAUCAGCAACUUGAACCAGUCAGCAACGUAUCAUGCGGCGAAGAGGCGUGUCCACCUGAAUGGGUGAUCGGGGAUUGGGGUCCAUGUAGUAAAGCCUGUGGACUUGGAGGAGAACAGACGCGAGAGAUAAAGUGCGAGCAACUCAUUUCCGGAGGUAUUCCAUCGCUUGUGGAUGACACUCGUUGUUUGAAAAUAAUCGGACCUAAGGGCAUUGAGAUACAGGAAUGUAACAAGGAUGUUCCAUGUCCGCAGUGGCACAAAGGCCCAUGGAAACCUUGCGAUCGCCUCUGUGGCCAAGGAAAGGAGAGGCGUAAAAUAACUUGCUACAAAAAAGUAGACGGAAAAAUAAUCGUCCUACCUGAUUCCGCCUGUCCGGAAGAGCGUCCGGAGAGUGAGAAGGAUUGCGAAUUGAGACCUUGUGCUGGGAUUGAUUGGGUUGUAUCCAAAUGGAGCGGUUGUGACAAUAAAUGCGGUCUUACUCAAGAGACUAGAACUGUAAGCUGUGUCUCAUUGGACGAUAAAAUAUAUCCUAAUGAAAAGUGUAACCCUGAAACGAAGCCUGAAUUAGUCAGGAGUUGUUCGGCUCAAGAAAAGUGCAAUUACCAAUGGUAUGCAACGCAGUGGAGCGAGUGCUCUGUAGAAUGUGGCACUGGAAUCGCAACUCGCAAAGUAUUUUGUGCUACAUCAGACCCUGAACUGAGUUGCGUAACAAAGGUUGAAGAUGAAAAAUGUGAUCCAAGUACAAGGUAUAAUGACACUCAAGAGUGCACUGCUGAGGUGAAAGAGUGCAAGGGUGAAUGGUUCUCGGGUCCCUGGAGUGAGUGUUCCAAGCCAUGCGGCGGUGGUGACAAGACUAGAAAGGUAAUAUGCAUGAAGGAUAAUAAAGUGGUUCCGUCUAAGGAUAAUUGUCGUGAAGAUGAGUUUAUGCUCGCCAGCGACAAUUGCAAUGAGAAGGCGUGCGAGCAAGAUGAAGUUAUACCAGAAGAACGAGGAAAACCCAAUGCACCAACGGAUGUCGAAGAAGACGAAGAAUGUGAGGAUUAUGAAGACGAUGAAUUCAUUUCUGUUAACCAGGAUCUUGGCAUUCAGCAGUCUAGGAACAAUGACGAAAUAGAGUCGUCAGGAAGUGGCUUAGAGGAUAUGAUGAUGAGCGAUGAUUCUAAUGCACUACCCCCAAUACCAGGCCCGCUCGGCGAUAUAAUUGAGCAUAAUGACUACUUUUACGAAGAAGGAAGUGGUUCCGGAUUCUCAUCCAGUUUCACUGAUGACGGGAACAGUUCUACGACCUCCAAUCUUGACUAUAGAACUGAAACUACCAAUAUGUAUAGUUCACUUGGAACGUCGACUUCAGACACCAGUUCAGAAUCGUCCGGAACAUCUGAAACAAUCAAUCUAGAUACAAAGGCCUCCACAGAAUUGGACAAAGUUGUAUCAACGGGGUCAACAGAACAAACAAUAUCAACUAAAGCAUCUGUUACAUCGAAAUCGCCAAUGACCACUAAACCCAAAAAGCUUAAACCAGAGGAUGUGCCCUUCGAGGUAGUGCCACCUGACGUUACCAAGCCACCAGUAACCACCGAAAAAUCGACUUUGCCUGAGUCUACCACACUAUCAGCCGGUAUUUCAAGUUCUAGCCCUGGUAGAAGGGCUUCCGAUUCUUCAUCAACUGUAGAAACAACCGAAGCUUCUGAUUCUACAGUUGUUUCUAGUUCCGAUGAAAUCAAACCGUCUACAACCUUAGAACCAUCUGGUUCGGAAAUGAGUUCGUUGUCGACCCCAGAAGCGUCAACGUCAUCUGAUGCAGGCAUAACAAAUCGAACCGUUUCUGAAACGACUGUAUCGUCUGAUUUAGAUACAUCAGAAGAGUCUAGCACAAAUGCAACAGAAUCAACCAGUGCAGGAACAAUGGAAUCAUUUGGAUCAAAUAUAACACUGACGUCGAGUUCUGACAAAACCAGCACUGAUGCAACGGUAGUGUCUAGUACAACAGAUUCACUGACUUCCGGUAAAACCAGCAUUGAUACAACAACCGUCUCUAGCUCAGAAGCAACAGCUUCAUCUGAUUUAACCACAAUCGGCUCUGCCGGUACGGAAACAAAAGCAUCUUCUGAGUCAGGCACGAUCGAAUCAUCUGGCACACGUUCAACAAUGUCAGCUGGUACUGUUUCAACAGUGUCAACCAGCUCUGAAACGUCAGUGGCAUCUACUUCAGAUACUACUGGAACAUCUGAAGCAAUCAGUCUAGAUACAAAGGCCUCCGCAGAAUUGGACAAAGUUGUAUCAACGGAGUCAACAGAACAAACAAUAUCAACUAAAGCAUCUGGUACGUCGAAAUCGCCAGUGACCACUAAACCCAAAAAGCUUAAACCAGAGGAUGUGCCCUUCGAGGUAGUGCCACCUGACGUUACCAAGCCACCAGUAACCACCGAAAAAUCGACUUUGCCUGAGUCUACCACACUAUCAGCCGGUAUUUCAAGUUCUAGCCCUGGUAGAAGGGCUUCCGAUUCUUCAUCAACUGUAGAAACGACCGAAGCUUCUGAUUCUACAGUUGUUUCUAGUUCCGAUGAAAUCAAACCGUCUACAACCUUAGAACCAUCUGGUUCGGAAAUGAGUUCGUUGUCGACCCCAGGAGCGUCAACGUCAUCUGAUGCAGGCAUAACAAAUCGAACCGUUUCAGAAACGACUGUAACGUCUGAUUUAGAUACAUCAGAAGAGUCUAGCACAAAUGCAACAGAAUCAACCAGUGCAGGAACAAUGGAAUCAUUUGGAUCAAAUAUAACACUGACGUCGAGUUCUGACAAAACCAGCACUGAUGCAACGGUAGUGUCUAGUGCAGGUACAACUGUGACAUCUGAUACAACCAUAAAGGCGUCUACUAGUUCACAAACAGUAGUCUCCACCGAUUCAGAUACGAUAAAAACAUCUAGCACAGACAUAACAUCAGCUAGUACAAUAGUAUCGACCAGCUCAGAAACGUCAGUAUCUGAUUCAGAUAUAAAAGAAACGUUUGGUACAAAUACAACAAUGUCAACCAGUAUAAUCUCAACAGCGCUAACUAGCUCAGAAACAACAGUAUUAUCCAGUUCAGACACUACAGAAUCGUCUAGUUCAGAGUCAACGGAACCCUUGAGUUCAAGUACACCCGUAUCAUCUAGUUUUCAGACAACAGAGUUGUCUGGUUCGGAAACAACCGAAUCGUCUAUCCCAGACACGUCGCUAUCAUCUGGUUCAGAAACUUUAGAAUCAUCUACACCUGACACAAGUGUUUCACCCAGUUCCGAGGCAACACUUUCGUCAGGCUCAGGUGGAACUGUAUCUGCAUCAUCUACUACAAUGAGUCAAUCCACUGAAUUUGGUAUAACAUCGAUCACCGACGGUACAGUUACCGGAAGUACUGAAACUUCCAAACAAUCUACGGGAACUGUUACAACGACAGAGUCUGAUGUCACAAUCACGUAUUCAGGAACAACAGUCUCAGAUGAAAUUGACAUCACAACGGAGAGUGAUAUUACAAGUGAUACUACUGAGUCAGGUGUCACUGAAACAGAUUAUGAUCUGGAUACCACUGAGCAGUCGCACAUUACUGAGAUUUUCACAGUUAUCGGACACACCGAUCAAACGUUACGAAGGCAACGUAAAUGCAAGCCGAAAAAACCGAAGACUUGCAAAACGUCACCAUUUGGCUGUUGCUAUGACGGUGUUAAACCUGCUACAGGACCGUUCGGACGAGGUUGUUUUAUUCCCAAAACGUGCAACGAAACAAAAUACGGAUGUUGUCCUGACGGCGUAUCACCUGCCACCGGAAAGAAUAACGAAGGCUGCCCCGAUUCACACUGUAGUGAUACACUCUUUGGCUGUUGCCCAGAUAAAGUUACCCCAGCGGAAGGAAAUGACUAUGAGGGCUGCGAAAUACCAUGCAACGGAACAGAAUUCGGCUGCUGUCUCGAUGGUAAGACGGCAGCUGCCGGUGAGGAUAAUUUCGGCUGCUGCAAUACUACAACAUACGGUUGCUGUCCAAACGGAAUUGAACCAGCAUCUGGUCCAGAUGGUGAAGGUUGUGAAGAAGGAGAAACAACCUCUACUAUUACCACACCAGCGAAAGAAACUACUACCGAAAUUACGAGUGAAGUCACCGAUGAGCAGACCACUUAUACACCUACUACCACUACCGAAAUUGCUAAGAGUUGCGAAGGGUCAAAGUUUGGUUGCUGUCCCAACAACGAAACAAGUGCAACUGGCGAAAACUGUGAAGGGUGUAAUAUCAUUAAUGCCGAAAACUGUACUUCAUCUGAUUACAAAUGUUGCCCCACGGCUUGUCAGAAUAGCAAAUUUGGUUGUUGUGUCGAUGGAUUGACGCCGGCCCAUGGCCCGAACAUGGAAGGCUGUUGCUUGACCACGCUCUAUGGAUGCUGCCCUGAUAAUAUUCAAAAUGCUAAAGGACCUAAUUUCAAUGGCUGUGGUUGUCAAAAUUCAAACUACGGAUGCUGCCCUGACAAUACGACAACUGCGCUUGGAUCAAACAACGAAGGGUGUGGAUGCGAGUACGCACCUCAUGGGUGUUGCCCUGACCGUCUGAAUGUCGCACAUGGACCAGACUUUGAAGGAUGUCCUUGCCAUACUUAUCAAUUUGGAUGCUGUCCCGAUGGAAUUUCUGUUGCUAAGGGACCUCUCAAACAAGGUUGUGGGUGUGAAAAUACCAAAUUCAACUGCUGUUCUGACGGUCUCACACCAGCCAAGGGUCCGAAUUAUGCCGGCUGCACUUGCGACGUAUCCAAGUAUGGCUGCUGCCCAGACGGUAUCGAAGAAGCACAAGGAGAAAACUUUGAAGGAUGUCACAGAGUCCUAUUAUCUCCCGCUGCUAUUUGUACUUUGAACGAGGAUAAGGGUCCUUGUAUGAAAUGGUCUGUGAAAUGGUACUAUAACGUUUCCAACGGAAUGUGUCAAAAAUUCUGGUACGGUGGCUGCGAAGGGAAUGAGAAUCGUUUCCACAUUCAGCAGGAAUGCAAAAACACCUGUGUUGAGCCCAAAGGGCGUGAUGUCUGCUUCCUGCCCAAGAUCGUUGGGCCGUGUGACGGAUAUUAUCCAACAUGGUAUUAUGAUACUGAUAGAAAACAGUGCGCCCAAUUUGUCUACGGAGGAUGUCUUGGAAAUGCCAACAAGUUCAAAUCUAAAGAAGACUGUGAAGAACUUUGCGUUCUUCCUGAUAAUGAUGAUCGUUGUGAGCAACCCAACGAACCAGGGCCAUGCGAAGGUAAUUUCACCAGAUGGUAUUUCAACGCAGAAAGCAGUAGCUGCGAAGAAUUCAAUUAUGGUGGCUGCAGAGGUAAUGAAAAUAACUUCCAAACGGAAAUCUCCUGCAAGCAGCAGUGUGUAACACCUAGACUUGGUCGCGUACGAGAUGUGUGCAACCUGGAGAAAGAGCCUGGGCCAUGUCCCGGCUCUUUGCUACGCUGGUACUACGAUGCUAACCAUAAAUCUUGUAGGCAAUUUGUUUACGGCGGUUGUAAAGGCAAUGGCAAUAAAUUCCGAACAUACGCUGCAUGCGAGCAGCGCUGCCCCCAUAGAGAGCAAGACUCUUGUCUACUGCCUGCAAUAAUCGGCGAGUGCUUUAAUUACACUCAACGGUGGUAUUACGACUCGACCGAAAAACACUGCAGACUAUUUUACUACGGAGGUUGCGGUGGAAAUGGAAAUAAUUUCGAAACUGAACAUGAUUGCAUACAUAGAUGCGAAUCUUCAUCUUUAAUGCCCGCACCUACAGUUGAUGAAUUCCGAAGAGAAUAUUGUUUCUUACCUGAAAACCAUGGACCGUGCAGAAUGGAGUCGGUUAGAUGGUACUAUGACAGUAGGUCUGGUAUUUGCCAACAAUUCUACUACGGUGGAUGUCAAAGUAAUGGCAACAACUUUGGAACAGUUGAAGAAUGUGAAAAUCGAUGUGGAAAUGUGCAAGAUCCCUGCGAUCUACCAGCAAUUGUUGGUCCCUGCAGAGGAAGUAUUAGGCAGUAUUAUUACGAUCGUCGUACCGACAUGUGUCACGAAUUUGCAUUCGGCGGGUGCCAGGGUAAUAAAAAUAGGUUCGAGGACAAGAAGUCAUGCGAGCAGAGAUGCCGGAAGACAACCGAUGCCACGACUCUAGUCACGCAACCUACAACACCUCGUACCAGAGUUGAUCCUGAGAGUUCAUCUUGCUUUGCACCACUCGAUUUUGGUCCAUGCAGAGAUAAUAUUACUGCAUUCUAUUACGACGCAGAAAGCCAAACUUGCCAAGCAUUCCUGUACGGAGGAUGCGAAGGGAAUGCCAAUAGGUUCCAAUCAUUGGAGCAGUGUGAACGCGUAUGUGGAAGCUUCCGAGGACAAGAUGUCUGCAAUCUUCCGUUGGACCCAGGCCCCUGCAACGGAUUGUUCCCCAGAUUCUUCUAUGACUCAAAGACUCGUGAAUGCCAUUCAUUUAUUUAUGGUGGAUGUCUUGGCAAUGGUAACAGGUUCACGCUCCAAUAUGAGUGCGAGUCUGUUUGUGUACAUCGUGAAGAACCUCCAGCGCCUGGAAACAGAACCACGUAUGAUAAUACAGCUAUCUGCCUUGAGCCUGUAAAUAGUGGAUAUUAUGGCGGGUCAGGUUACUACAAGCGUUUCUACUACGACGAUGAGCGCCUAGAUUGUAUAGCAUUCAUUUAUCAAGGUUCAGGAGGAAAUCUUAACAGAUUCAAGAGCCGUGAAUCUUGCCUUAAGACUUGCUCGAAAACAAACGAAGUUGGCCCAGAAUUUAAAUAUCCUGAAGACGCGUGCAUAGAAGCACAAAAAGAGUGCAAUGAGAUUCGUUGCCAGUACGGAAUGGUGGCACGCGUUGAUGAACAAAAUUGCGAACGAUGUAGCUGCGUGGAUCCGUGUCUCCCAGUAAAAUGUCAAGAAGGAUCGAAAUGUGUAAUAACUUCAGUUCUUCGAGGGGAAUCAGCCGUGUAUCAAGGCACUUGCGAGAGCCUCCCAACUGUGACGAAACCAGGAAUGUGUCCAGCAGUAGUGAACGGUGCAAGUUGCCAGGAAGAAUGUGACUCGGACGCUGAGUGUCCUGAAGAUUUAAAGUGUUGUCCGAGCAGUUGUGGUUCGUCUUGUGUAAAGCCAGCUGCUGCGGUGCAGCCAGUACCAGUUCAACCGGUACCGACGGAGCCUCUACCGACGCCUCCUCCAGUGCCAGCCGUCACUACUACACCAAAUUCGCAGUUAGUACCCGCUGUCAUUGAACAACCGAAAGAACCCAAACUUCGCGCCGAACAGGGUAGCUACGUUAUCAUGAAAUGUGUUGCCAUUGGAAAUCCACCCCCGGUUAUCUCAUGGCGAAGGGGUGUGACAUUGAUUGACAACUCAAUGGGUAGACACAGUAUAAAUGAUGACGGUUCCCUCCAAAUUGUUGGACUCUAUUCAGCAGAUGCAGGAAUUUACACUUGCACAGCCCACAAUCGUCUGGCCGCGCCAGUCAGAAUACAGUAUGAACUAGACAUCACUGACCCUCGCGCAGACAGGAGUUCCACUAUCUUUGGCAAACCAAACUACCGCGUGACAGUGAGCUUGAAUUCGCCUGCAUACCUGAAAUGCUUCGUCAUGGGCUGGCCACGACCUAUCGUAAACUGGUGGCACGAAGGGGAAAUGAUUUCCCUGGCUGAUGAUGUGUACGAAUUACAGCGUGAUUACGCACUAAAAAUACAUACAGUAUCUCUGGCUAACCUUGGAAUUUACACUUGCCAAGCUUAUAACGGUGUCGGAAAAGCUGCAUCGUGGUCUGUAACUCUACAAGCACCUGGUCCAGUUAUCAAUGUUAAACCAGAGUACGAAAGAUAUAUCAAAUACCUCAUUGAUCCUUCAAGACUCAGUUCGCCAGUCCGCACUAGAAUACCUGAUUAUCCUCAAAACAGACCGAUGCGGACGAAAGCUCCCGUAUCUCAGACAUACGCUCCUAUCUACCCGCCAAGUCAAGCUCCUUACAUCCUAACUGUUAAUGUAACCGAACCGCCCCCUGCAAUUGUGCUUGACAAAUACACAGUUCCAGUGAAAGUGAACGUUACGGCAGACGAUGGCCAAUUCCCAGUGGGUAGUGACUUCAGCAUACUCUGCAACGUUUAUGGGUACCCAAUUCCAACUGUACAGUGGUACAAAGAUGAUAGACUCAUCCAAACAACCGAAAAAAUCAAGAUUGUUGAAGCGAACAGACUGAGCAUUUCGUACGCCCAAAAGAAUGAUUCUGGAAAAUACCGAUGCGAAGCCGCUAAUCAGUACUCUAGUGAUUCGGAUUCUGUAGACAUUGUGGUAUCUGGGAUCUACAUUCACCCAACUUGUCAGGAUAAUUUGUUCUUAGCAAAUUGUGGUCUGAUAGUCAAAGGAAAAUUCUGUAAUCAUAAAUGGUACGCCCGAUUUUGCUGUCGAUCGUGCACAGAAGCUGGCCAAGUACCUCCGAGAGGACCACACCUUAAUGAAACUAGUAGAAAGAGAAGAUCCAUUCUUUCUACCCCCUAAACGAGAAGACGAUUAUUCAACAUUCCAAGGAGUGGGAUACAGAGUAUUUGUAUCACAUAAUUCACACAGUCAGGCUCAUGUAGUAUUUUCCAGUAAAAAUUCACAAAUUGAAUCGUUCCAAAGUCAAUAGUCGUUCCAAGGACAAAACCAAUACUUUUGCAUCCUAACUAUGAUGCAAAACUUCUUGAUCACAAUGUACAUAUUUUUAAAGGUGAUACAUUUCACCAUGAUUCAGAAGUUCCCAUGACAUGAAACAGUAUGACUGUGAACAUAAUUUUUUCGCCAAGUUUAUAUAUUGUGAAAUAACAAACCAUUCCGGUCAUUCGUCAUUAAUGUCAUUAAAAUGUUUCAUCCCGCACCUCAGUUAACAGUGCCGUAUCCCCAGAAAAGCAUAUUCCGCAUCCCUAGAUAACGGUAAUAACUGAUUUAGAAGUCACACUUAGUGGAGUAUUUCACCGAUUGGAUGUUGACGGAAAAUCGAAUGUCGUUCACUGCCAAAGCCUUAGAACGUUUAUACAUAGAUAAAUAAAAUAUAAACUAAUUCGAGUUAAAAUAACGUAUUUUAUUAGAAAUCUUGAAACCGAAAAUUAUGCCAUGUAUGUUUCCAAGCAUGUUUAGUUAAACCAGUCAAUUUAUUCAAUGAAACUAUCCGUGUAUACACGAUCUGACGCUGAAUCCUAGUCCGUUGGAGCCACAUUGUGUAUGUAAUAUGAUCCAACAUGGCAAAUAGUGUGUUAUUGAUUUCGAAUGAUAACUUUGCAAACGUCAGAAGGUAUUUGUCACCUGUAUAAAUGAUAGCCACUAGCGUGAGUAGGGAAACAUCACAUAAUCUUUAAUUGUUACGAAAAAUGUCAGGGUAUCGAUUCAAGUCACGGUUUCGAACGAGGCUGACAACAGAAAAGCAUGGAACAAUUGAUUCAACGCUUCAGAUCGUUUUUUAAAUUUAUAAACUACUUAAUGCUGGUUCGACAUUACGAGGUGCCAACAAUUAUUCAAUAUAACUGCUGAUAUUGAAAAUAUGUUCCGAUACUUGUUGAAUGAGUGAAAACCGAUAGAUACGUUGGAUUGUAAAAUAUAGUUAUAUAUGACAUCACUAGUUUUCAAGUGAAUAUUAUGAACUACUCACAAAUACUCAUUAUUACGAUAUUAGAAUAACAAACAUACAAACGUAAACUUUCUAACAUAUUUAAACCUAGGGGUACAUAUUAAACUCUCUACUUCAGAGGUCCCACGUUUCUUUGGGAUUAUACAUCCGGCUUCUUCUCACUGCCUUAAUUGUCAACUUUGGGCAUUUUGUUCGGACGAAAGAAAUAUCCUGCUUGCAGGUACUUCAGGCAGGCAAUACAGCUGUCCGAUUUUUUCACCCUUCCACAAGUUACAGCGUGCUUUGCCUCUCAAGUAAAGAAAUGUUUAAUAUAUAAAUGUACAGUUAUUUUUUUAUACCUUGUGUACCAGGAUUACUAUUAUUAAUGCUUCAAGGUUACUCUGGCUUUCAAUUGAAUCAUGUUACAUCUAUACGAGAUACUUGUUCCUGAACUAUUAAUAGUGAAUAGCUUAUUACAUUUUUUUAAUGUUUUUUUUUUCGUAUCGCCUGUAUACUUAUCUUGACUUACUAAAAUUUCUAUGACGAAGUUAUAAAGUGAGUACACAGUAAGAUAUUAUAAAAGGUACCAAAUGCAUUUAUAUACUCCAUUAAUUGUUGUAUAUUUAUAUAUGUAUACACAAAUUAAAGACAAUUUAUUAAAUUUCUCUCCACGACACUUGAAGCUCAUGAUAUAUGAAGGAAUGAGCUAAUUACGUCUUGCACCGUUGUAAAGAUAUUCUCAUGUAUUACCCAUAUAAGAUGAUAACCUUAGGAUCGCUUAAGAUUUUUCACUUCUUAUAAUCUAAAAUACGUAUAUAGCAUUAGUAUAUCCAUUAAAAUAAGCAUAAUAAAUUAUCAAGUAAGUAUACACAAUUUAAGAUAUAUAUCUAGCAAAUCUAGCAUGGCUAUUACUGCAUUUUCCGCUAAGGUAGGCAGAUUGUCUCUCACUCCUUUAUAUGAAGCCUUAUUGGCCCAAUUGGAGCGAAAUACAGUGCCUUAUAAGGGAUAAGCUCAGAGUGUUUGCGUUGAAUGAAUCGAUACCGAACGGCCGAUGGAUCAUUUAGAACAUGUAAUAAACUUAUAAUUUAAUUC